GGACAACGUCGACGUCCCCUAACGCGCGAAUUUGGAAGUAGAAUUUUGAGAAGGAAGCUAGCUAGUCGAGUACUCGAGCGUUAUCGAGUAGUGACAGGUAUCAGCUGUUGCAGUAAACAAAGAGCUGCGCGUCGAAAUGGACGAUAUUAAUUCCUGUUCGCAGGAGAGAGCGUUGAGUGUUGAAAAUCUUUCUACAGAGACCUCAUUGAAUUUCGAGAGAAAUGACAUAUGGAGGUACAUGCCAGACUCCGUACUCUUGAGUAUUUUUCAAUAUUUGACACCCAAAGAACUACUGACCGUCGGGGAAGUAUGCAAAUCCUGGCACCGAGUUUGCAGGGACGAAUUUUUGUGGAAAGACCUAUUCUACCAAACCUACAAAAUCGAUCCCAGUGUCAGUAUUAUGCCCGGAAAGACUUCUUGGCUCAACGAAUUUAAGCGGCUUGCUUACCACAUUCCUUUAUUGGAAACAGAAGUACUUAAAGAACAUUCCAAUCAAGUGCUACAUGUGAGUUUUUCUCACAAUGGACAAAUGUUCACAACAUGCUCCAAGGAUGGCUACAUACUGGUAUGGGAUAGUGGCUAUCCUGCAAGCAUCAAAUAUCACCGAGAUAUGAAAACAUUCAGUUGGAAGUACACGCAAUAUUCACAAUUCAACUCAUCUGAUACUUUGCUUCUAGUGUCUGGAGUUCACUUCGGAACUCCACAUAGUACAUCUGGAGAAAUAGCAGUCUUCAGUCUUGAGCCUGGAUUCGAACUCCAAUGCAGAGUGGUUAACAAACCCUAUGAUAUUUUUGGCACAUGGUAUAGCGAACGACACCUCUUAAGCGGAGACUUGCAUUGGUUGGCCCACUUGGUAAGCACUAGCGUUUUAUGGUUAAACAAAGCAAGCCAAGAAUCUGCCAGUGAACACGUGCCUAUAAUGAAUCAAUUAUAUAGGUUCUACAACAGCAAUGCCUCCUCAAUCAGAGCAGUAAUGGUGGCUAAUUGCUUAUCUCCUGCACCAACAGAAACUGAAACCCCACAAAAUCAACCAUCUACUUCUGACGUCAGAGAAGAGAGAGGCAAUCCCCCAAGCCACAGAGAACUUUCAGCUGUGUCGUCGAAUAGUACUCAACAACAGCAGCAAGAAGAGCCUGAAGUGUUAUAUCAUGCAUCGUCCAGACUACAGUACAGUACCCUAGAGGGAGGAUUCCUCAACUGGCGGAGACUAGGUGAUGGGUUUGAAUAUGCAAGUCCAAUUCAGUACAAUGAAAAAUAUCGUCAGGUAGAAACUGAAAAAGAAGUGACGGAAAAUAACAGCGAAAACGAGAAUUCAUUAUGGGAGGAGGAGAGCGAGUCUGGCGAAUCCUCAGCAGCCGAAGAUUGUGACUCAGAUGAUUUAGCAGACAACCCAGAAAAAUUUUUGAUAUUCACUACUGGAUCUAAAACUUACACCCCUCAUCAAAUUGGUUUCAAACGUAUUAAGCCUAUGAACUUUCCUAGACGUCUAGAUCCUGGCCCCUCUUUGCGCGAAAGGCUUGCCCAACGAGAACGUGAGAGACAAAAUUCUGGAGUUCUUAGGCCUGAACCCAAUUGGUUAGAUUACGAUGCUGUUGCGGAUAAAUUCGACAAAGUAGACCACCUUAUAGAUCUUCACGGUCAUGUUAUUGGAAUGAGCUUAAGCCCGGAUCACAGAUACUUGUAUGUGAAUACAAGACCAUGGCCAAGGGGUUACGUUAUAACAAAUCCAUUGGAGCCGCCGCCAAUUGCUCAAGAAAUCGAUAUACAUGUUAUAGAUCUGGUAACUUUGAAGCAAGUGGGUACGAUGCUCCGGGCGCACAAGGCCUACACGCCGAAUCACGAGUGUUUUUUUAUAUUCCUAGACGUCUGCAACGAAUACGUUGCAAGCGGCGCUGAGGACAAACACGGAUAUCUCUGGGACCGACACUACGGGGUGUGUUUGGCAAAGCUGCCACACGCAGACGUAGUGAAUUCCGUGGCAUUUAACCCAAGUGAUCCUGAAAUGCUCGUAACGACAAGCGAUGACUACACGGUUAAAGUUUGGCGGAGUCGAGCCAUGGUUAAAGAAUUGGGAUUAAAUGAGGAGAUGUAUCGCAGGGGAUUAGAAGUGAGGAAAAGAUGCCGCUAUCACAGAAGCAGCUGUAACGUUGACUGAUUAAAGACUAUUCAAUUUCCAAUUUAAAAAUCUUUGCGCAAUAGUUCAGCAGGUACUUAAAUUCUUUCAUAUGUAUAAGUUAUUUGGUUACAUAAGUGAUAUAAACAAAGGAUCAAUUCUGAAGAAUAUAAACUUGACAUGACAGCCAUCAUUUAUGUCUGGUAUAUACAAUUUUUGUCUAUUAAAAUUAAAUGUCGUAUUCCUAUAUCCAGAUAGGCGACUCUUUUAUAAAUACAUAUGAAUAAUAAACGGAAGAAUUUAUCCAGCAACAGUUGACAAAUGAGUGGAUUUAAAUUGAAUGGUCGCCUAUUGAUGAGAUUCAUCUACAGAUAAUCUAAGUUUUUACCGUAAAUAUGUUAGCUUAAGGAUAUACAUAGUUUUCUUAAACUCGAAAGUAAUUAAGAUAAUUAUUCGAUCCAAUUUUAUGUGAUGGUAAAUUUAUUGAAAUCGAGGAAUUUUGGUUUACUAAUGUGAAAGUUUUUAAAGAUUUUCAAAGAUUUUCAAUCUUGGAAGGUGAAUAAAACUUCAGCUUCGCCGAUCAAACACUACACCUAUAGGAGGACAUAGUUAUUAUCUGUUAAUGUGUAUGAGAGAAAUCUCGGGCUCUGUAAAUUGCUUUCUAGUAGCUAUCGCAAUUUUAUCGAUUUUGAACAUAAAUAUGUUGAUGUAUAAAUAUUGACUCAAAAGCGUACACCUUGAAGUACAUUUCCAUUGUUGAGGAAUACUUAUAAAACAAUUGAUGAAAUUUCAAUUUUAUGUUAAUAGUUCAGAUAAAAUGUAACUAGAGGUAAUAUAAGCACACAUUCAUCUUUGAGGAAUAUAAGAAACAAAGAAAAAAAAAAACAACAGUUACAUGGUGUUGGAUAAUUAGAAGUUGAAGAAUUGGAAGUACAACGAUUAGACGACUAAUAAUAUGAUACUACAGAAACUACGUUUAGUAUACAAAAAAUAAAUCAAUUUUAAUCGUUUGCAUCAUCAAGCGGAUAUGUACAUAUUUGAAAAUAUAUGAAUUUUAUAUCUGAAUCGAAAAUUUUACUGUCAUUAUCUAAAUUGAUGUAAAAAAUAGUAGAAGUAUAUCAUGUGAUAUUGUAAAUUAUUUGGGGAUUAAAAAAUACAUCGACUACCAAGUACAAUA